GGGGGAGAGGUGGCGGCCAUUUUGAUCGGGCCCCGUGAGGGGCCGUGCGAGGCGGCCAUGGAGGCGCGGCGGCUGCGGGUGCAGGAGCUUCGGGACGAGCUGGGCCGUCGUGGCCUGGACACCCGCGGGCUCAAGGCCGAGCUGGCCGAGCGGUUGCAAGCGGCUCUGGACUGCGAAGGAGCUCGGCGGGGGGACGCGGCAGGCGCUGAGGGCCGAUAUGGCCUCGACAACCACAGCCACGAGCCCCAGGGCCACGAGCCCCAGGGCCACCAACCCUACGAGGGUCACGAGCCCGAGGCCGAGCUGGGCUAUGAGAGGAGAGCCCUGGACCAGGAGUCCCCCGGGCUGCCCCCAGAGCUGAAGCUGCCGGACUCGAAGCCGGACGAGCUCCCCCCUCCCCCUGCCCCCCACCCCAAUUACUCCGUGCCCCCUCCCCCCACCUUCCCCACCCCCCCGUAUGCCCUCCCCCCCCCUCCCCCCUCCUUCCCCACCCCUGCCCCGCCUCCGGGGGUCUACGGAGUCCCCCCUCCCCCCACCUCGGGCUACCCCCCUGCCCCCAAUUACAGCGCCCCUCCCCCAUAUUACUGUGCCCCUCCCCCCCCAAAUUACAGCGCCCCUCCCCCCACAAAUUACAGCGCCCCUCCCCCCACAAAUUACAGCGCCCCUCCCCCCACAAAUUACAGCGCCCCUCCCCCCACAAAUUACAGUGCCCCUCCCCCCACAAAUUACAGCGCCCCUCCCCCCACAAAUUACAGCGCCCCUCCCCCAAAUUACAACGCCCCUCCCCCAAAUUACAGCAUUCCUCCCCCUCCUAGUCCCGACCCCACCCAGCCCCCCCUGAGCCGGAAGCGUCCGUUCGAGGAGCAGCGGGGGAGGGGCUACUACGAGCACCGCGAGGAGAAGAGGGGCCGCUCCCCGCAGCCGCCGGCCGAGGAGGAGGAGGAAGAGUUUGACGAUUCCCUGGUGGCCGUGGACACCUACAAUUGUGACCUGCACUUCAAGGUGGCGCGGGACAGGUACAGCGGGUACCCCCUGACCAUCGAGGGCUUCGCCUACCUGUGGUCAGGGGCCAGGGCCACCUACGGCGUGAGACAGGGACGGGUGUGCUACGAGAUGAAGGUGAUAGAGGAGAUCUCCGUGCAGCACCUGCCGUCCUCGGAGCCCGACCCGCACGUGGUCAGAGUGGGCUGGUCCUUGGACUCCUGCAGCACCCAGCUGGGGGAGGAGCCCUUCUCCUACGGCUACGGCGGCACCGGCCGCAAAUCCACGGACGCCAAAUUCCAGAGUUACGGAGAAACCUUCGGAGAGAGCGACGUCAUCGCCUGCCUGGCG